CGCAGUAUGGCUAAUUUUUCGGCUUGGGUUACGCUUUUCUUUCAUUUAUUUUAUUUUUCUUCCGCUGUUUUUGAAGACCAGGUUGGGAAGUUUGACUGGAGACAGCAGUAUGUCGGAGAGGUUCGCUUUGCAUAUUUCGAUGCCCCUUCACAGGCAUCCAAAAAGCUGCUGCUUGCUACUGAGAAAAAUAUCAUUGCUUCCCUCAACUCCAGGACUGGAGAUCUUUUCUGGAGACAGGUGGACAAAGCCGGCCCGGAAGGACACAUUGACAUCCUGCUGGUCCAUGGACAGGAUGCUGUGAUGGUGGUGGGGAACGGGCGGUUGCUACGGUCGUGGGAGACCAACAUCGGUGGCCUGAACUGGGAGGUGGUGCUCGACACUGGCAGCUUCCAGUCUGCUGGGCUCGUUGGGAUGCAGGACUCUGUGAAGUAUGUUUCUGUGUUGAAGAAAAGCGCAAUUUCCCUCCACUAUCUCUCCAAUGGCCAUCAGAAGUGGGUAGAGAACCUUCCUGACAGUGACACCGUGCAGUACCAGGCUGUGUACUCUGGAGGCAGUGGAGAGGUCUACGUGUUGGGAGUCGUCCCUCACUCUCACCUUGCCAUCGUUGCGUACAACAUUGAGGACGGCGAGAUCAUGAAACAGACUUCAGUGGAAGCUCCCUGGCUGUCCAGUCUAUCCAGCUGUGUGGUUGUGGGGACCGGUGUGCUCAUGUGUGUGGACUCUGUGUCCCUCUACACCCUUCCCCUGCAGUCUGAGGAGCCAGCAGAGAUGAACCAGAUCCUCCUCCAGUCCCUGGGUCUGGAGGUAGCGGCCGGGUUCCAGCCGGUUCUGGUGUCCACUCAGCCCCACCCAGCUCGUUCUCCUCUUUCCGAGUUCUUCCUCAGAUUGGGCCCAGAUCACCACAUCCUGCUGCAGCUGAAAGAUGGCAUCAUUAGUCCAUUGAGGAACUUCCAACCGGCUAUCCUGGUCUCUUUUGCAACAACUGGGGAGAAGACUGUUGCUGCUGUCAUGUCACCUGUAAAUGACACGGCCUGCAGCAUCACUCUGUUCUCGGCUGACUCUGGGCGGAGACUGCUGGACACGUCUGUGAUCUUUCACCUGGACCCCAACGGAGGAAAGCCCCUCAGGCUGCACGUCCACGCUUUUCUGAAGAAGGACGACUCUGUGGGCUACAGGGUCCUGGUGCAAAGCGAGGACCACGCCCUCACCUUCCUGCAGCAGCCCGGCCGGGUUCUGUGGACCAGGGAAGAGGCUCUGGCCGAGGUGGUUACCAUGGAGAUGGUGGACCUGCCACUCACAGGGACACAGGCAGAACUGGAGGGGGAGUUUGGCAAGAAAGCUGCCAUUCAAGACGGGCUGCUCCCCAUGGUCCUGAAGCGCCUGUCGUCACAGCUCAUCCUGCUGCAGGCCUGGAUCGCACACCUGUGGAAGCUCUUCUACGAUGCCCGCAAACCCCGCAGCCAGGUGAAGAACGAGGUGACCAUCGAGACCCUGGCCCGGGACGAGUUCAACCUGCAGAAGAUGAUGGUGAUGGUGACCGCCUCUGGGAAGCUCUUUGGCAUCGACAGCAAGUCAGGGACCGUGCUGUGGAAGCACUACCUGCAAAAUGUCCAGCCCAACGCUGCCUUCAAACUGAUGGUGCAGAGGACGACCGCCCAUUUCCCCCAUCCCCCACAAUGCACCCUGCUCAUCAAGGACAAGGAGACAGGACUGGGCUCCCUGCACGUUUUUAAUCCCAUCUUCGGGAAGAAGAGCCACAUCACUCCGCCUGUCCUGCCACGGCCGGUGCUCCAGUCUCUGCUCCUGCCCCUCAUGGAUCAGGACUACGCCAAGGUCCUGCUGCUGAUCGAUGAUCAGUACAAGGUCACCGCCUUCCCCUCCACAAAGCAUGUGCUGCAGCUGCUGCAGGAGGUGGCGUCUUCCAUAUUCUUCUACCUGGUGGACUCCAGUCAGGGACGACUGUCGGGCUUCCGUCUGCGCAAGGACCUGUCCACUGAGCUGAUCUGGGAGGUGGUCAUCCCCACGGAGGUGCAGAGGAUCGUGGCAGUGAAAGGGAAGAGAGCCAAUGAGCACGUCCACUCUCAGGGGCGUGUCAUGGGGGACCGAAGUGUGCUUUACAAGUACCUGAACCCUAACCUGCUGGCGGUGGUGACGGAGAGCACAGACUUGCACCAGGAGCGCAGCUUUGUGGGGAUCUUCCUGGUGGAUGGCGUGACCGGCCGCAUCAUCCACGAGGCGGUGCAGAGGAAGGCCCGUGGUCCCGUCCGCUGUGUGCACUCGGAGAACUGGGUGGUGUACGAGUACUGGAACACCAAGUCUCGCAGGAAUGAGUUCUCCGUGCUGGAGCUGUUUGAGGGGACGGAGCUGUACAACAGCACAGUGUUCAGCUCUCUGGACCGACCGCACCUCCCUCAGGUGCUGCAGCAGUCCUACAUCUUCCCCUCCCCCAUCAGCACCAUGGAGGCCACCCUCACUGAGAAGGGCAUCACCAGCCGGCACCUCCUGGUGGGGCUACCAUCGGGAGCCAUUCUUUCCUUGCCUAAGAUGUUCCUGGACCCACGCAGACCAGAGAUUCUCUCAGAGCAGAGCCGCGAGGAGAAUCUCAUACCUUACGCACCAGAAUUGCCGAUACGCACAGAAUGGUUCGUCAAUUACAAUCAGACUGUAUCAAGAGUGAGAGGAAUCUACACUGCCCCCUCUGGCCUGGAGUCCACAUGUUUGGUUGUUGCCUAUGGUCUUGACAUUUACCAGACUCGCGUCUACCCCUCCAAGCAGUUUGACGUGCUGAAGGAUGACUACGACUACGUGCUGAUCAGCAGCGUUCUGAUUGGCCUGUUUUUUGCCACCAUGAUCUCCAAACGACUGGCGCAGGUGAAGCUGCUAAAUCGCGCAUGGCGGUAAGGACCGCGCCUGCGGCCCGACGACCCGGCCUCGACCCGCUAUGCACGGACGGCCCCCCGACGGCGGCGGGGCGACGGACCCCGGCCUCACUUUGCUAGACCACGAGAUGCGUCCUGAUUAGAUUCGCAACUAGAGCUAUGCAGGGGAUCCUUGAACUCCACCAACAUGGAAGGAAAGGCUGUGAAAUGCCAUCGGCCGUUGGGACAAAAAGGCAAAGAAACUUAAAGCUCCGGUCCUGGUUUAAUUGGCGUUCUUUUUUAUUGCCGGUUUUUGUUUUGUUCUGAUCUUAAAUUACUCUGUCUUUCCAUUUAAACUGUGCCUUUCAGGGCGAGCUCACGAAGUCCAUGUUCCUGUUUAACAUGGGAAGUGAAUGGGUGAGCUGAAGCAACUUCCCGCAAGUCACAGGUUAAUAUACUCCACAUGAGGGGUUUCUUGCAGAUCACGUUAGAUCGGUGCAGAUGUUUGCAGACUGGUAUGAGAAAGGUUUAUUGUGCUGUGUGUAUCAUGGAAUGUUUUAGGAGCAGCUUCCUUUUCAUCUUGAUAAACCAUUUUUGUAUUUUUUUGUUUUGUUUUGUUCCAUAUUUUGGGUAGCCAGUAUUGUGUUGCUCCGUUCUGGGUCAGAGUGCAGGUGGGAGUGUAUGGGGGUGGGGUCACAGAUUCAGGAAAAAGAGGCAGAAAACAAAGAGGUACUUGAAGACCUGUUCAGUUGCACAUCAUUAUGAAUUGUGCAAUAACAUUAUAAAUUGUACAUUUUCCCAAAAUUUCAGAUUUAAACAUAAUGGUUUAAUUGUGUUUUUUUAGGUGUUGGUUUGAAAGGCUGGGUCUUAAUAGAUUCUUUUUACAUGAACAAUGUAAUUUGUCACAGAAGUCUUUGAAGCACUGGA